UUGGACAAACGGCUUCCGUCCCCUCCGAUAGUAAGUGACAUAAGUCGCUAUAGUGGCGGGAGAUGUCAUGUGCGCUGUCUAUAGGUAAACAAACAACUUGAUCGGAGUAUUGCGUGAACAACAAUAGUGAACAUUGUUGUUGAUUGUGGAUAAUAUAUCCACUAGUAGUUAGUUUAACUUGCCAACUAUACGGACCAAAGCGGGGAGAGAGUUUGUUAUUAUGAGCAGGCUUCGAUCAGCGAUGCAGAAGAGGAAGAGAGUUGCGCUGGACAAAACCGAGUCGUCGUCAGCAAAACCAUUGCGGAAAAGAACGAAUGCAACUGUGAAACAAGAGCCCGAUGAGACUGCAGCGUCUACAUACCAUUCAUUCCAUGAUCCUGCUGACAUUACACUCUUUAGGACACGCAUCCUUUACUGGUAUGACCAGGGGAAGAGAGAGUUACCCUGGAGAACUGUGGCUCUGACAGAACCGGACAUCAACAUCAGGACAUAUGCAGUUUGGGUCUCAGAAAUCAUGCUACAGCAGACCCAGGUUGCCACUGUGAUCGACUACUACAAUAAGUGGAUGAAGCGGUGGCCAACAGUACAGGGUCUUGCAGCGGCUACGUUGGAGGAAGUCAAUCAGAUGUGGGCUGGGCUUGGGUACUACUCCCGGGGAAAGAGACUUCAGGAAGGAGCUCAGAAGGUGGUAGCAGAGCUGGGGGGAGAGAUGCCCAGGACGGUUGAGGCUCUGCUGAAGCAGCUGCCUGGAGUGGGCCGCUACACCGCCGCAGCUGUGGGCUCCAUCGCGCUGGGCCAGGUGACAGGAGCUGUUGAUGGGAAUGUGAUCCGGGUCCUGUGUCGGGUGCGGGCUAUAGGGGCCGACAGUACAAGCCCAGCAGUGACUGAAGCUCUAUGGAGCACCGCCAACACGUUGGUGUCCCAAGAGAGACCAGGGGACUUUAACCAGGCCAUGAUGGAGCUGGGGGCGAGGGUGUGCACCCCUAAAGGCCCCCAGUGCAAUCAGUGUCCCAUACAGACUCUCUGCCACUCCUACAGGAAGGUUAGCGUCAAACGAGAGGAGAACUCAACAAAGCUUCUGGGUAAAUUGAACAGGGUACCUGCAUCUCUGCCAGAUGUAGAGGAUUGUGUGACCUCAGGAACAUGUAAACUGUGCCCCACGGAACCCUGGGACAGCCAACUGGGCGUUCUGAACUUCCCCAGGAAGGCGGUGAAGAAAGCUCCUCGUGUGGAGCGCACACUCACCUGUGUGGUGUCCCGUCCAGGAGCAGGAGGAGAUGUCGAGUACCUGCUCACCCAAAGGCCGAGCAAAGGACUUUUGGCUGGUAUGUGGGAGUUCCCUAGCCUGCUCCUGGAGGGGGAGAAUUCUGAGAUGAAACAGAGGGGGGCGCUGUGUGCUGGGGUGGGGAGAAUGUUGGGAGUUCGGCUGGACAACGGGCUGCUCCAGUAUGUGGGGGAGGUGGUUCAUAUAUUCUCCCACAUCCACCAGACAUAUGUUGUGUACAGCCUGUGUUUGAAUGUCUCUGACGAGGGAGGGAAAGCCCAGAGUACUACACGCUGGCUCACUAGACCUUCCCUGCAGGAAGCUGCUGUAUCCACUGGAGUGAAGAAGAUCAUGAAGCUGUAUGACACUAUGGAGGAUCAAGAGGGACAAGCUACCAAGAAGAAGGCUACUAACACUAAGAGUGAUGGACAGCACAAGUCUAAAAAGCUCAAAGACAAUUCAACAAACAGCGGGACCAGACAGCUGUCACUCAGUUCCUUCUUCAAGAGCCCAAAACAAGAAACUUGAUCAAUUUAUACUUACUCGCAAUGAAUAACAAUGUCGUUUUUUUAUUUUAUUUAAAGCUGAUCAAGUACCAUACAAGGACUACUACUGUGCCUUGCUGUCUGGAUAACUGCCACAAGUGGUCUGGGUGUUCAUCCCAUGAGUGGAAUACUUUAAGAGCAAAAAGUGUGUCAUUGAGUUGUAUGCUGAAUACAAUUAUUAUUAUUUUUUUUAAAUAACAAAUUGCAACAGUGGCCUCCUAUACAGUUGAAGUCGGAAGUUUAAAUACAACUCAGCCAAGUAUAUUUAAACUCAGUUUUUAACAAUUCCUGAC